AUGGAAUUAAACAAAGCUUGGGAUCCUAUAUAUAAAUAUAUCGUCAAUAAUGGUUCAUUAACCUUAAGAAUUCCCGAUGAAUAUCCACCUAAACCUGGAAAUACUGGCCCAUUAGGAUGUAUUUGGGCCGUUCCUGAUGCACCCCAUGCUUCAAAUAAGUACACUCCAUGA